CCAGGAAUCGCUCCAAACAGGGCGGUUCGUCUGCAAGCUCUGCUGCUCUUACGGACUGGGGCCAAUGAAGGAUUUGGGGUUCCAUUCAGCGGGGCAAAUCCUUAACUAUGGGCAGCGAAUGGUAUUCCCUUUCCCUCCAAGCGGAAUUCCGACUGACCAUUUGCCCUUUUCAUAUCCGCAGACCGCCAGCUCUGCUCGACCAGAUCCCACGAUCCCACGACCCAACUUUGGAGUUUGGACUAAAUCCUACGUUGGAUCUCCGGGUCCAACGUCCUGAUCGGCCGCUUUCGCCUCGGGUAAGACGGCGCAAUGUUUAUCUUCCUUUGUUGCGAUCAUGGUCAAAGAGGCACCGCCUCCAACCGGCAUGGAGGAUAAAAUAAGAAGCAACCAGGGCUCCGAGUCCUCUGUAGACUUCUUCGUUCGGGUUUCUACGCGUGUAUAUAGUUAGCUAUAUACCCUGUGUCUUCCUUGUGUCUAUCUUAGGGUUUCAAGUUGUUCUUUUGCUCUUGUCUCUGCACUGUAUUCU